AUGCUUCACGACGGGAACCACCUCGAUGUCUUUGCAGAUCCACCUGUUGUUCUGCCUGUUGCUCGUCUGGUCCUAGAUGAAAUUCUUUUCCUCAGAGAAGAACCUCAUCAUCCCGGCGGACCCGUACUUGAUCUCGUUCAGCAAAGCCGCUGCCUUGACCUUCCUCGACUCCUUGGAGGCAUUCGUGAUGAGCAUGCAGUGAGACUUGCGGUAGGAGGAGUAAAUAAUGUCUUUCUUGAUCGUUCGGCAGAUCGUCGACUUGGGACAGCCCAUGUCAGCGGCGAUCUUGGCGUAGCUCUGGCUUCCAUUGUCGACUGUCUCCUUGACGACAGCGACGAACUCGUCAGUCCUAACGGCCAAAGAACGAACGUUGUGGGCCUUUCGUUUGGCAGUAAACUCGUCCUUGUUCUCACACGCCUUCCACUUCCUCCAAAUGUGCAUGACCAUGGUCCUCUUGAACCCAAACCAGGCUGUAGCAAAGAGAGAUCUUCAGUUGUAUCUGAGUUUGAAUUGGUGUGUGAAAGGAAAUGGCUAAAGAGUACAUCAAAAUCAGUGUUUUUUGCUGGUCGUCUGGUUGGAGCUGUAAUCUUUGGUCAGUUAGCUGAUAGAUUUGGUCGUUAUCCUUGCUUCUUCAUAAGUACUGUUCUGUUAAGUUGUUGCGGAAUUAUCAAUGCAUUUGUUCCUUCUUUUAUACCAUUUAUCAUUUUAUACUUCUUCCAAGGAUUAUGGCAAAUUGGGGCUUACUUUUGUGCCUACACAAUUGCUAUAGAAAUUGUUCCAUUAAAAUAUCGAAUGCCAGUUAAUUUCAUUGUGCAUAUCAGUUAUGCAAUAGGAAUGAUGAUUCUUGCAGGAAUAGCUUAUGCUGUUAAUGAUUGGCGCCAACUGGAGAUCGCUAUUUCUGUGCCUUUUAUUUUCUUCAUAUUCUGCUGGAGAAUUAUUCCAGAAUCUCCACGAUGGCUCUUAGUUCGGAGAGAAGAUGUCAAAUGCAAAAAACUACUAGAAAACAUAGCGCGAGUGAAUGGAGUAAAAUUUGCAAUUGAUGAGAAAUCUUUACAGAAGAUGAUGCCUAACAAGAAUCUUGGCAAAGUUAAGACUUAUACAUUUGUGGAUUUGAUAAGUAAAUGCAGUUUGGCCAAGUUAUCUUUUAACGUUUGGUUCAAUUGGUUAGUGAACAGUAUGGUCUACUAUGGUGUUACUUUGAAUGCAGUUAACAUGGCUGGAAAUCCUUACUUGAAUUUUGUGAGCAUGGCUGCAAUAGAAGUUCCAGCCAAUGCAAUGUGUAUUUUAACAUUCAAAUAUUUUGGAAGGCGUUUACCCAUAUUUUUCUACAUGUUAUUUGGUGGAAUCAAUUGUCUUGCCACAAGUUUUGUGCCCCAAAAGCCUUCUUGGAUUCCACUAACCUUGGCUCUACUAGGAAAAUUUGGCAGUACUGCUGCUUACGGGGGAAUAUAUCUUGUGGCUGCAGAGUUGUUUCCUACACUUGCAAGGAAUAUUGGAAUGGGUAUGUCAUCAAUGUUUAGUCGUAUUGGAGGACUGCUGGCGCCUUUUAUCCUUGAUCUUUCUGCCAAAUGCAAUGAUCGCUCUUGCCAGUCUGCUGUUGACCUCCUUGCUGAUCCCAGCACCCGAUAUGAUGGUACAUUCGAGGUAGGUAAGCUGAUGGACUGCCUUCGGCUCAGUCAUGCCAAUGAUGAUGUGGGGAGGAUGAUACUCCUCCCAAAACACAGGCUGGUAGAAUACCUCUGUCUUCUUUAA